AUGUCUAGAGCAGAAUACAAUUUGGAGGAAGAUGAAGACGUCGUCAUGGUUGGUCCGGAAGAUAUCCAUGGCUUCAACACAGAUAAUGUUUUACCUCUCUCCGCCCACGACUUGACCGAGAUCAGAAAAUGGCUACAGCCUACUCAAUACGACCGUGAAAAUAGUGAAUUUCACCGACAUGCAGCGUCGCAUCUUCCAGGAACGGGAAGUUGGUUGACAUCGUCGAGUAUCUAUCGCGAAUGGCAUGAAGGCAAUAAGAACGGACUUCUUUGGAUCAAGGGCAUUCCUGGAUCAGGAAAAUCCGUUAUCGCGGCCUCUUUAAUUAACAUUCUAUGCAAAGAGGGAUGUCCUGUUAUCUACUUCUUCUUCCGCCAGAUCAUAGACGCAAAUCAUAAGCCAACUGCUGCACUACGCGAUUGGCUAGAUCAAGUUUUACGCUACAGUCCACCGCUACAGAAGCGCUUAAAAGCAUACUGCGAGGAAGGCCAGACUAUUGAAAAUUUGUCUAUGAGUGACUUGUGGAAGGACCUUCGACUAGCCAUUGGUGCUUUCCCGAAGGUCUAUUGCAUUGUUGAUGCCCUUGAUGAAAUGGAUCAAGGGAAUGAUCACUUCUUGCAUGAAUUAGUGGAACUGGGGAAUUGGCGACCUUCAAAUAUCAAAGUGCUGAUAACUUCAAGACCGGUGGCCACCGUUGAAAGAGCCUUGGGGUUUAAUUCCAUGCCACAGCUUCGCCUAGAAGAACAGCUGGUGGACAUUGAUAUUGUCACUUAUGUUCAACAGCGACUGAAAAGCUCAAAUGUUCCUCGAGAAUACUAUCCCACUGUAAAAGAAGCCGUACCAGGGCGCGCAAAUGGACUUUUUCUCUAUGCAAAACUCGCUAUGGAUUCGUUUGUCGAGCCCAAUGCUGACGUUCAGGAGGUACAUAAGACAUUGCCAAUGGACUUGAACGUCAUGUACACAAACCUUUUACGUGAGCAUGCAAUACGUUCGCAAGUACCUCGAGAUAUUCAGCUCCUCAUAAUACAAUUCGUGACUCACGCCACACGUCCACUACGACUAUUGGAAAUUGUUGAAAUGAUCAGUAAAGCAAUUAACCAAUAUGGAAAUGGCCACAAACCGAAGGUGAUCAAAGAUCUAGUGCGAGUAGCCUGUGGUCCGUUAAUCGAAGUUCUCCCUGACGAAACUGUCUCUGUUGUUCACCACUCCUUUACUGAGUUCCUCAAGGGUUUGACUCGCCACAUCAAGCCACAUAGCCCAAUCACGGACGAAUAUAUAAUUCUGCGCCCAGGUCCAACCAAUAAGGAUCUUGCAAUGGCAUGCCUAAGUUAUCUGGAGGCUGGAUGCCUGGACAACUGGAAUCCGACGAACUAUCCCAAGCGUAGAGGGAUCUCCAGAGCAGGACAGGCCAUCCGACCUGAUAUAAAACUGAAGAAUCCAUUUUUGGAAUACGCUAUUAGGAAUUGGGGUAUUCAUGUCCGUCGAGCUGAUCUCGCAGACAUGGACAUGACAGAUUUGUACCGAAGACUCGAUUACCUUUUUGCAAAGACAAGCCACAUCCAAGCUUUGCUAGACAUGGAUUGGCCAGUUGAUACCACAGAAAAUGUUACAGUUCUCCAUAUUGCAGCAAGGGCUGGACUCACCAAGUAUGUGGCUCACUUACUGUCGAGAGAAGAGUUUGAUGUCAACGCGAAAGAUGGCUAUAAGAAGAGUCCACUCUUUUGGGCUGUUUUCUCUGGCUAUUCAGACACUGUUAGGCUAUUCAUAAAUCAAGGCGGUCUAUCCGAUAAAUCUGAUAACGUUUGUGUUGAACUGUUGCAUUUAGCUGCCAUGAACAACUUUGGCGAUAUUGUUAGAAUCAUACUCGACGCAGGUGUCGACCCACUUAUUCGCAAGAAGAGAAGUCGUUGCUACCCUUUCAAGAACGCAUGUGAGAGCGGUUGUAUUGAUGCAGUGUCUGCAUUCAUACUACACAUCAAAGACAUAGAUAUUGCUCAUAUGGCCCUUUCCUGGGCCGCUGGACGUGGCCAAUCGGAAGUUGUAGCCCGAAUCAUGGAGUAUCCGGGUUUGGAUGUGAAUGUGAAAUACUUGGGAAAUACUCCAUUAUUCGAUGCAUGCAGAAAUAGGGAUCAGAAAACAAUCAGCAUUUUGUUAGAAGCUGGAGCAGACCCGACGGUAUUUUCUAAUCCCGGUCGCUGCGAUGAACAAUCUCAAUCGGGGACGGAUAAACAAACCCGAGGCUUCACACCUCUGCAUGCUUUCUGUGGCUUAGGUGGCAGGAGCUGGGGCCCUCUAGAUACGGGAUAUUGCAUCGAGCUAUUGAUACAGGCUGGAGCAGAUGUCCAUCAGAAAGCACCGGACGGUUCCACAGCCUUGUUUUAUGCUUCUCAGCACUUUACACAUUUAAUCAAGCCCCUUCUAGCAGCGGGUGCGGACCCAAAUGUAGCCGAUGAUUGGGGAGAUACGCCCUUGCAUGUAUUAAAGAGCAAAGACUUGGACAUAUUGUCUUGCCUUUUUGGCAGAUGCGAUGUAGAUAUCAAUAAACCGAGAAAAUCGGACGGCAAAUCGCCAUUACUCUGCCGGCUCUCACUCCACCCUGUUGAGGAGGCUCUUGCACUUCUUGAGUAUGCACCCGACGUUCAUGCAACGGACUAUGAAGGGAAUGGCCCUUUGCAUAUCGUGUUGAGCCAUUUAGAUAUUACCGACAACCAAAUUCAAGCUCUUUUGGCGGCCGGUGCAGAUCCAAAUCUAAAAAAUAAGAAGGGACAGACACCAUUGCAUGUCAUGAUUGGGCCCAAUUCCGAACUCAUUGACAUUCUUCUAGAUGCUGGAGCAGAUCUGGAAGCAUGCGAUAAUGAAGGUCAAACCCCGCUGUUCAAGAUAUUAUCGCCUUUAGAAAACUCCCGUUUCAACACUGGGCCUAUUCGUGAAAAGCUCAUCCAAAGAGGUGCUCGCUUAGAAAUUCGGGAUUUAAAAGGGCGUACAAUUUUACACCAAGUUGUCCAUAAAAAACAAUAUCUUGUGAAGCAUCUCAUAGGUCUCGGUCUUGACCAAAAUGUGAUAGACUACGAAGGUAAUACACUUUUCCAUGAGAUAAUUGCGAAUGGUGAUGGCAUUUUUCAUCCAGUCAUUGUCGACGAUGAGAUCUCUAUCAGCGAGGGCCUCGUUUCACGGACAAAGAGUGAAAUCCGUGAGCUGGCCAUUGUUCCUAACCAGACGAACUAUCACGGAAGAAAUGCUUUACAUAUGGUCUGUGCUAAUUUGCAUGAGAACAUCAAUUCGACGAACGUCAUUGAAAAUAGCACGGCAAAACUCGAUUUUGUUCUAGAUCUAUGUAAAGAGAUAGACUGUGCAGAUAAUCAGGGUAUCAGACCGCUUCACCUCGCAGCUACAAUUUCCGAGGGCUACGUCUAUCGUCUACUUGCCGCUGGCGCCGACCUACUGGGCGCUACAUAUCAAGGCAUGACGGUGCUGCAUCUAUCGUCUCGUACCCGUCAGGUAAAUACUGUCGGACUUAUUUUGAGUGAGAUCUUGAACCUCAACGCUGAAAAACGCAUGAAAUUUAUCAAUCAUCAAAACGAUGACGGGAAGACAGCACUCCAUUACGCAUGCCGUUCUGGUCGUCCGGAAACAGUCAAGUUACUCUUAGAGGCUGGAGCUGAUCCAAGUCUACAAGACAGGUUAGGGCGCUCACCUCUCGAGAGUUGUGCCGAAUUCGAUGAAGAACUUGAAUUAUGGGGCCAGUACAGAACGAGGAAUAUGUACGGUGCCGGUAUCGACAUAGGGGAUAAUAAUCGCCCAGUCCAGCAAGGUCUCUUGUCGGGCCCUCUAUCGUAUCUCUGGACUAAAGAUCCUCGUAGAAUAGACGCUAGGUUCUUGUCAAAAAUUCCUCAUAGCUGCAUUGCACGAGAGGAUGAUACGGUUCGUCUCGAUGAGAUUCUAGAUUUACUCGUUCAGUAUGAUGCUAGAAUAAAGAGAGACCCCACUCCGCUCAUUAAUGCAAUAGCUGCAGCUAAAUCGAUGAAUGCUGGUUAUUCAUUACAACGACUAUUGAAACUGGAAUCACGGAUUGGCGGCACCAAUACCAUUGAGAAGUUUGAGAGCUCAGAUCUUUGUAUUCUUGACUCGAUAUUCUUUGCACAAAGUAAACGAGAUGCAAUUCGCAGCAGCGAGUUUUUCAAGUCUGGUUCCAAGGAAAGUUCGUGGAGCAUUUUUGGAGAGAUAUUACGUCUAAGGGAGUUCGAGCUUUUGAAAGAACUUAUCAAUGAAGGAUUUGAUCUGCAGAGGCUUAAUGAGGCUGGCAAAUCCGUGUUGCAUUCUCUGUCAAUAUGGGGGUAUGCGAAUAUUCUUAAAGAUCUCUGUACAGUCGAGACUGCUCGAGGCUUUGACGAUUAUGAAUGGUGCAAGGGGAUGGACGAAGGCAGAACGCCCGAAUUUAUUUUACUUCAGGUUGAGCCUCUUCUCCUGGCUGCAUGCAAGCGAAAAUUGCCCAACAUGGACGUGAUAAAGGUACUCGUUGAGAAAAUCAGCGUUAAUCUGGACGCCCAAGCAAGAUGUGAGGUAGACGACCAGCCCGUUGCAUCCCAAGGCUGUCUCCACGAGCUUGCAUGCGGGAGACAUUGGUGGCAAGUAAUGCAAGCCUUACCGUACCUGGUCGAGAAAGGCGCAAGCCUUGAGUUACGUGACGAAAUGGGGCGUACUCCAUUGCACAUAGCCUUGUCCUCGAAGGAAGUGUUCUCCAAGGAAGCAUCUGUAUAUCUCAUUGAGGCUGGAGCUGAUGUUAAUGCAGCUACAUAUAAAAAUGAUACCAGUUUGUCAAUGGCGGGAACAAAUGUCGAAAUGGUCAAAAUGCUUCUUUCUCAUGGAGCAAAAGUCACUGCGGAUUCCAUUUUUGCUGCGAUUGAUAUUAAUCAGCCUGAAAUAUUGAAAUCCCUUCUAGCACAAGGAAGCUACGCCAAUUUAACAGUUCGCUUCGAAAGUUAUCCCCUACAACACGCAGCUAGCCUGCAAUUAGGUAUCAACUCAAUUGAAUACAUGAAUACGCCAAGUACGGAGGUUAUAGCUUACAGGCUUAUUCAAACGCAUCUAAUGAAGAUACUCUUAGAUUAUGGCGCAGAUAUAUAUGCGGAGUUUUACAAAGACGUUCCACAAACGAGGCAUACUGUGGUUCAUGAAAUCAUAGAGCACGGCGUUCUCGUAAAGCCUAUAUUGAAUAUAGCUUCUCUUGAAAUCGAAAGGCGGGACCCUAGUGGCUGCACAUUGCUUCUUGCUGCAUGUAAGCGGAGGCAAAGAGAGGAACAACACGAAGCCGAUACCAUUGAUACGGCAUAUUCUGUAUUUCAACAUCUAUGUAGCCGGGGAGCUGAUUUGACCGUAUGUGACCACCAAGGCUGCAAUAUCUUUCAUCAUCUUGUCGUUGAUUUAGACCUUUGUGAAUUCCUCGAACAUGCCGUCCGCCUAGUGCCUCAUCUCCUCCAAAAAGCAGACCAUAAUGGCAACACGCCUUUUCAUUACGCAUUACGUGAUGGAAAGCUACCAGUGAUUGAAUUUCUAUUCCAGCAAGGAGUUGACUCGCUGAAACCUGAUUCAGAAGGUAACACGGCUUUACACUUUCUAGCGAACCGACCAGAAGGUUUUACUGGCAAUGUCGAGAGACUUUUCCACGUACUUGUGAACCAAGGAAUUCCCAUCAAUGAUCGCAAUAAAAGUGGCGAAACGGCUCUUUUUGCGUUUGUGAAAAAUUGUCUAUUUGGAUGGGUAGGAUCCCACGGAUAUGCAUUUGCGCACGAAAGAAAAAAGGCAAUCAAUUCAAUCGUGCCAGUAAUUCAGCAAUUUCGGGAUGCCGGGGCAGAUAUUUUUGCGCGAAGCAACUCGGGGUCAACUCUGUUACAUCUCCUGGCAUCGUCACACGUAGGCGAGGAAGCCGCCGGGUGCUUUAAGCACUUGGUGGACUUAGGACUAGAUCCAAUGGCGGAGGAUAACUCGCAAAGGACAAGCUUGGAUGUCGCAGCGGCGUGUGAGAAUAGCUUCAUUCUAAGACUAUUCGAGAGGGAAUCUCUCGAGGUGUAG